AUGCUAGACAACGUGGAAAGGGACAUCGACAAAGCCCUGAACAGAAAGGUUGACUUCAAAUUUCCGUGUAUAGACGCAAGUAGGCAAGUGAGGUUGCUCCGGUGUUCUUCAAGCGCCGCCACAGGCUUGGUCUACACGCUAGAAGUGGUUCCACUAGAGAGAUUGCAUCGCAAGCACUAUAGAGCACUGUCGUACAUAUGGGGAUCAUGCCACACCACCAGCGACGCUCGGCAGAUUUUAAUCGAUGGCCAGGAAUUCUAUGUCCGCCGAAACCUACACGACUUCCUAGCUGCUGCUAGGUCGAGGAGAGAAGGCGGUUUAUUCUUCAUCGAUGCGAUUUGCAUCAAUCAGCUUGAUGUCGAGGAACGACAAUGCCAGAUUCGAGAGAUGACCCGGGUGUACCGGUGCGCCGAUGAAGUUAUUUCAUGGCUUGGAGUUCCGGGGAGGGCGCAAUCCAGCAAUUUGCGGGCCUUGAGUCGGGCAAAAAUGCACGACUCUGUCAACUGGACCGCUGAACAGAGAGCUGGGUUCAAGUAUCUCAGCUAUCAUCAGUACUGGCGGCGGGUAUGGGUCGUUCAGGAAGUAUUGUUGGCGUCCCAUGUCACGAUAUGGUGUGGUAGUUCCUCGUUCCCUCUAAAUCUAUUUGGCGGUCAACCCAAUCCGUUUCACGGGGCUACAUCCAAUUGCUCGUACUACGGAAGGCCGACAGCUGUGUCAAAGGUGCUUCCUAGGCUACAGAGCCCUGCAUCGAAGAUUAUCACACAUCGCCUGCGCUACGUACCCAGUCCUCUACUAUGCCCUCUGGGACAUGGAACGAAAGUCGACACGAUGGAAAGCCUGCUCAGAGACCUACGGGUUUCUAUUACGUCGAUAAAUAUAUAUCAGUCACAUCUACCCGAUCUACUCUAUCAGUUGAUCCGCAUUUUCGGAUCACUGGAGUGUACGGAUCCGAGAGAUAAGGUGUACGGCUUCCUCGGGAUACUCAAUGAGCGCAGCCGAGCCAUGAUCAUGCCAGAUUACGGGAAAGACAUCAAACACGCGUACUAUCAGGCCUUAAAAGUUGGUCUGCAAGAAAUGUACGAUGAAAUUGGGCUAUCGGCAUUCUUCACCUCGGUCGAUGAGCAACCCGCAGUGUAUCAAUAUCACGAGCACUUACGCGACGUGUUUGAGAUCGAGCACGAUGAGGCUCUUGCCAUGCUGAGGCAAGUUCUGGGAGAGUUGAAUUUGUAUAACCGACUGAUGGAAGACAUCCUUGAGUUGGAGUUGCUAGAGCAGCUGCCAUGGAAGGGCACCAAAGUCAAGUUCCUGCCGGGAAUCGACAUCUACGAGCUGGCUUCGAGAGGCGAGCCAGCCAUGCCGUCGGGACUUCUAUUCCGGUACCAUGAGCGCCAACAGCGAUGCAUAUCCAAGUUGUAA